AUGGGUAUUAUUAUAGGAGGCUUUCAACCAGCGCAAGUCAAACAACUGACAGCCAAUCACAUUGCAGAGAUUACUCCUGAUGUCAUUCAGCGCAUGCCCAAGGAAACACUGAAGAGUUUCAGCGACGUCCAGAUGACGUCAUUCAGCACAAACCAAGCGAACGCGGUGACGGACGCCCAGUACCAGUACCUGGACGCAGCGCAACGACACGUCAUCAACAAGAAGGCGACGGUCGAGUUCAAGUACACGCCAGGUGUGUCGAGUCAUCUCCAACAUUUGACCUUGACAUCUCUCUUAACAGUCGUGAUGUGUGCUGUGUUCAGCCAGACGUCAUAGAAGAAACCAUUGACGACAGGUCACCACGUGACUUCAUUACCUUCGAAUGGUUUAGAAAUGGAAAUAUUAUUUAUUUGACUUUGUUUCUAAUUGAUGAACGUUAAAAAAAAAAAAAAAAAAAAAAAUGAGUGGUAUGUUAUUCUUAUAAAAGGAAACGUACAGUAAAAUGAAUAGUAUGUUAUUGAUAGAAUAGAGAACGAACAGCAAUGCCGUAUAACGACACCUACGAAUAGAAAAGCCAUUAUAAUUGUGUGUGUGUGUGUGUGUGUGUGUGUGUGUGUGUGUGUGUGUGUGUGUGUGUGUGUGACACAUGAGGUCAUUAUGACACAUGGUUUUAAAGUAAGAGAGAACAAACUCGCUAUUAUCACAUAGGCUACUUUGUUAUUGAUAGGACAGCACGUACCACAGCCUUUGUGAAGCACUACGGAUAAUGGCAAGAAUUUGUCUUAAAAUAGAACCCCUUUAGAGUCUAGACUCAAAUCUAUGAUGAUGUCAAAAAUCUGCAGUUUGUAUGGCGUUACCAUGUGUAUUGAGUCUAUUAGUCGGAGUCUAGACUCUAAAGGCUUCAUAAGCACGGACCCUGGAUAUAUGCAACAUAUCAGCAAAACCAGAAACGCACACAUUAUUAACUUGUGUACGUUUAUUGUUGUUAUAAUAUUUUACAAUGAUACUCAAACAUGUCCUUUAUAGUGUGUGCGGUUGUUUGAAUUGGUGAGUGGUAUGUUUCUGUGUAACAAGAACUCUGUUUAUAACUGAAGAACAAGAACUGUUUAUAACUAAAGAAUAAGUACUACAGGCUGAUUAAUGAAAACGGACGCGUGUAUUCAGAUCAAUGUUACAGUCUUAAAGCUCCACUCUCGAUAUUUUCACUUAUGCAAACCACGAACCCAUCUACAGUUUGAAACAAACUCGUGUAACAGGUACUAACUAGGGUUAACACGGUCUGGAGCAAACCACGAACCCAUCUACAGUUUGAAACAAACUCGUGUAACAGGUACUAACUAGGGUUAACACGGUCUGGAGCAAACCACGAACCCAUCUACAGUUUGAAACAAACUCGUGUAACAGGUACUAACUAGGGUUAACACGGUCUGGAGCAAACCACGAACCCAUCUACAGUUUGAAACAAACUCGUGUAACAGGUACUAACUAGGGUUAACACGGUCUGGAGCAAACCCAGACACUUUUUAAUAAACACACCAAAAGGGGUGUCUUAACCACCCCUAUUUGUUUAGGAACUAGUUUAUUGCCAAUUACGUGUACCAUUUAUGUGAUCUCCUGAAAUAUGAAUAACACGUUUGACUUAAUCGAACAUGAGUAGUUACAUGCAUGGCAUUCACACAAAAAUGAAAUACGUCUAUAGCAGGAGCCCUGAUUCAGAUUUAAAAUACUCAUGCAGUUGUUACAUUAAAGUGUACAUUCUUAAUACGUGCCCACAAUGACUCGACAUUUUAUGGUGGAGAACACACUGACGUUUACUUAGGCUACCUGAAUAAAAUGUUUUCAAACAGAAGUGGACUGCUCGGCCUUCAUUUCUGAAACAAAUACUGGUGUGGGGUGGAGUGAUACAGUAAUGUACGUAUGUUGAUCAAUAAACAAAACCGAAUGUCUGAGAUUAAAAUCAAAUCAUAAUCAUAAUCUCUUUUCCUUGGACCUCCCAGUUACCACAUUGUCACAAAACACGCCCAUCAGUUAAACCCCAACCCCUUCCCCUCCCUCUUUAAUAUAUAUAUAUAUAUAGAUAGAUAGAUAGAUAGAUAGAUAGAUAGAUAGAUAGAUAUAAACAAAAUUAAAAACUAACUUUUUUCCAACUUGGCCAUGAAAAGUGUGUGAAUAUAAAAUAGUAUAAUUCAAUGUGGAAUGAGAACUUCUUGAUGAAGAAAUCCUCGAUUGCCCAGGCCCACACACGAAUACUGUUUGUGUUCAAUGAUUGUCAAUACUGUGAUAUUAUUUGAUAGAUUAAACAAUUUUCUAUUUU